CUAAAGUAGAUUUGGGGAGAAGUUCAGUAACAGAAUUUGAUUUCUACAACACAAUCUCCUCUACAAAAGGUAUCAUGGAUCCAGACGAUAAAGUACAGUGUCCUUAUGACCCAAGCCAUUUCGUAUCAGAAAGCAGAAUGCAAUACCACCUGGCACAAUGCAAAAAAAAAAACCCCAAAAAGGCAAAAGAAAUGGCUAGCUGCAAAUAUAAUGCUCGUCACGUGGUCCCUCGUGAAACCCUCCAAAAGCAUGAGGCCAUCUGUCAAGACAAAAUUGUGAUAAAUAAAGAUAAGAGAACUGAAGAACCAAAGGCGUAACCAUAAGCCUCCAAAGGACCAC